AUGACAAACCCUUCUGCCAUCCAAGAGGUUGCAUUCGAAGACCAAAUCUGGACGAUCGCGAACUAUACAAUCGUCUCUGCCACAAUAUUAUGGUUAUAUGACUUCUUCCAGACCUUGCCAGCGGAGAUCGAGGCUAUGUGGUCGAAGAAACUCACCAUCACAGCGGCAAUAUUCUUCGUGGAUCGCUAUGGGUUCGGAGGAGCCAGGCUAUUAGAACUGGCGUACAAUGUACCCGGGUCAGGCAGCGACAAGGGCUGUAAUGUGCUCAACCUCAUGAGCACUGUUUUUUUCUUACCCUCGAUUCUAGCCACGAAUCUUCUCUUCGCACUCAGAAUCUACGCUAUCUGUGGACGGAGUAAACUAAUAUUAUGCGUGGCGUCCAUCUUGAUCUUCUCACGAUUUGCGGUGGAUAUCUGGCAAGCCGGUUUGUCGACAGGUAUCUCGACCAGAGGAUCGCAAUACGAAUCUCUGUCAUUAUGUCUGUCCUAUGCACCACAUGGUGACGUUUACGAGCAUGUCAUUGCGGUCUUACUAGCCUUGGCUUUCGACGUGUUCGUAUUUGCGGUAACGCUCUUCAAGACUGUCCACCAAGUCAUAGCGAUGCGGAAAUUCGGGCAUCGAAGCAUAGCUGAGGUGGUUCUUCGAGACGGGACGCUCUAUUUCAUCACUAUCGUCCUCCUCGCGGUGGCUGCGACUAUCUUAAACCUGUUAUCUAUAUCGCAGGGCUCUUCGCAGGCUUUCAAUGUCAUGUCAGAAAUCAUGGCACCUUUCUUUUCAGUACUACCCAACAUCCUGACCAACCGCCUGGUUCUGAACCUACGAAACGUCGACCAAAACCGAUCCACCCACUCUUCUGCGCUCGAAACUCGUCCUUUCGAGGCCGCUCCCGCUCGUAGUCGGUUUCUCGGGAAUAUAGGGGAGCCGCUGGACAGUCUCUGGCUGGACAUGAGUUCGGAUGACAACCCCCUGGAUGAUGAAAGGGGCGAUAUCCGCGGUAGUUCUACGAUGCCCAUGACGCCAACAGAUAGGCUCACCGAUGCUGAAUCGCCACCCACUCGAAGGAAUGUAAUGAAUCUAGCCAAGACGACAUUGAGAUGGUGCCUCGUCGGCGUGGAUCACUAA